UUGCCGCUGCGGCGGCGGAGUCGGUUCCCUUUUCCCUGCGUUCACGAUCAUGGGACGUAUAACAUUCCACAUUGUUACAUUUGUCUUGCUUCUCUCCUGUAUCGAUGUUUUCGGAAAGCCGGCUUUGAAUGAGGAAAAUAGAAACUUGUGCGAAUCGGAGGAUGAUAAAGCCGAGUGCAUUAAAGAAAUCGAGGAGGCAAAAGCGAGCCCUGUAGCUGAGGAAAAUCCAGAGGAAUCUGCCGAUAGCGAAGAAGAACCCAAAGAAGAAGAGAAAAUGGUUCCGGAGGAAGAUCAUUUAGUGAUGCUAGAAAGAGUCCGCAAGGAAUCUGAAGAAAAUAGAAAAUUUUGGCAGGAAGAAGUGUUAGCCAUGAACAAAUGGAGAAGACACUGGCUCAGCUAAGAAAAACAACGUAGAAAAAAAGACUUAUUAUUUUCUUUCCCUCAAAUAGCUUUUGCAACUGGACACGUGAAAUUACCAGUGUUGGUAUGAUCUCAGAUAGAGUUUAUUUUACUGGACAUUGUGAGUAAUCGAAAAUGAAACUUAACUGCCCUUAAGAGAUAUUCAAAACCAACACUGAUUUGAAACCAAUACUCGUGGAAACCUAAAGCAUAUAAACUAGGUUAUGAGCCUCUGUAGAAACUAAUAAAUACUUGAU